CACGUAUCCGUGGUAACUCGAUGAAUCAAAGGGCGCGUCAGCGGGGGACAACCGUCAGGGUCGUGAGAUCAGAGUAGUAAUUGGAGGUGAUUGGCAUGCGCUCUUGGAUCCAACAAAUCCGGUUCGAUCUCUGCUCACAACCGCUGCUCAACACUCGACCGUUGUCUCCGUCGUAUACGUGGAACGUGAAACGAAGGUAACCUGCGUACAAUUUGCGGCGUAAUCUUCGGAUCGUCUCUCCUUCCCUUCCCCGCGUUCGUUAUCAUGGGCAACGAGAAGGAGGUGGAUAUCAUUAGCGUCGCGCGGAGAUCCGAGAAGAAGACUCUGCUCGAGAGAUACAACAUACCGGUGGAACACUUCACGUACGAAUUUAUAUCGCAGUGCACCGACGGGAGAACACUGGAGCGCAUCGUUCUCGUCUUGCGUUCUGGGGAAGAGGGAGAGUAUCCAGAUUUGACGAAGCACGCGGAGGAGCGCCUCGCUAGGAUUAAACCGACGAGCGCAGUUCUGAGGAAGGUGGAGGCAGUUUUGAGACGAAAUAUGUUAAAUGUGGACGAACGGCAGGAAAUCGACGACGACAUGAGCAAUUGGGCGUGCGAGAUGCAAUCGCGCGAGAAAGAUUUAGAAGAGGGGAAAGCCAUCCUUGCCAACGAGCCCUGUCUGCAACCGGAAAUUCGAAAGAUUAAAACUAAUGACACAAAAGAUAAGAAGAUGAAGAUGAACGAGAAAAAACGCGAUAAGCCCAAACGAAUCGCCGCGUGUGACUAUGAGGCUUGGAAUAAAUACGACGUCGACACGGAAAUAAACAGGAUAGACCUGCAGGACGAGCGGCGGCAGACCGAAAUGAAGGAAAUCCAGGAACAGCGAAAGGAACUGGAUAAAAUAAAUGAGAUGGCACAUAAAAUGACAGUUAAUAAACUUUCAUUAACCGGAACGGAAAUAAACGUAAUGGCGGAGCAGGAAAGAGAAAAGGGGAACGAAGCCUUCAGAGCGGCUGAUUACGGGGAAGCUCUUCGGCAUUACAACGCCAGCAUCGACGUAGACUCGAAUCUAAAUGCCUACAAUAAUCGCGCUAUGACAUUUAUAAAGCUGCAGCGUUACGAGGAGGCGCUUAACGACUGCAACACGGUGCUCACUAUGGAUUACAGAAAUAUCAAAGCACUCCUUCGCCGGGCAUUAUCCCUGGAACAUCUCGAAAGGCCGCACGAGGCUUUAGCGGAUUACGAAGCUUCUUUAAAAUUGGAGCCAACUAACAAAGUGGCAAUAUCCGGUGUGAACAAGUUGAGAAAACCAUGUGACUCGAGGAAAAUAAGGAUGAAGAUCGAAGAUAUGAGCGACGACGACGAAAACAAGGGGGAGCGUAUAAAGACGGAGAGAACUGCGAGAGCGAACAGCAUUGAGUGUCCGAAACUGCGUGUUAACAACGAUAUAUGUUAUUGCGACAGAGCGCCAGGCUCGUCGCGAAGCAUCGCUACGAAGCCGCACUUUAAAGCGAGUUACUGCGUGGAAGCUGAGAGCAACAAAGCAGUCGCGGCAGCAUCAGCAUCAGCAGCAGUAGCGGAUGCCGCGGCAAAUAAAAGGAACGAGAAAACAACACGCGACUCAUCGAGCGGCGAUAAAUUAUCACCUGUUGCGAGGGAUUUCGGUGCCAGAAAUAAAACGACGAGAUCGCAAGACGCCGUCAGGAGCGACGAUAUUUUCACGAUUUCGCGCGAGUCAUUUCCCGGGCCGCGUGGCGCAAAGGGUAGACUGGAAAAGUCGAUUUUUUCAUGCGUGUCGUCGCCCAUGGGUAAAACGAAGCCGUCCACGGUCAUCAUCGAAGAGCUUCCGUGCGACGAGGCGUACGAGAAACCAAUGGCGGCGAAGGUGGAAACAAAGAAAGAAACGAGCCUGGUAAAAGAAAAAAGUGCAUUAACAAAGAAAUCCUGUACGAAUAACAAUAAGGAAUCGAUCUCUCUCGAAAAAGAGAGCAAGAUUAAAAUGAGCUUAACGCCCAGCAAAAUUCCGGCGGUUGACAAGUGUGAGAAAUCGAGGAAAACUGUCAAUUCUAGCGAAACAAAGGUGGAAGCGGUGGAAGUAAAGAAAAAGACGAAAGAAGAGAGAAAUGCGCCGCUAAGCAAAAAAUCAACCGCAGACAAGAGUAAUAAAAAGUUAAUUUCUCCUGAAAAGAAAGGCAAGACUAAAGUGGGUACAUCAGACAAAAUUAUAGCUAACGAGUGUCGGAAAGAUAGCACAUUGGAAAUGGAUCUUCGGAAAUUAGACAACAUCGAAUCUCCUUACGAAUUUCUACGUUUGUGGCAAUCUCUGAAAGACGACGUUAGUCUGGAGUUACGCGCGAAACUUUUGCGAUGCAUAGCACACGAGGACAUGAAUAAAAUCAUAGGCAACAAAUUGGACGCGGCAAUGCUCAGUCUCAUUUUGCGUUGCUUGGACCAACAAUUCUGCACGCCGAAAGAUACAGAGUUGCUCGCGAGUCUGCUGUACUCCCUAAGUCAACUGAGUCGAUUUUCCAUCAUUAUCAUGUUCAUGGAUUCCAAAGAUAAGCAAGCCUUGAGAAACAUAUUACGUUUCCUGGAAAAGGAGGAUUCACCCAGGGUCUCACAAUUACGUCAGAUUUACGUUACUUGA